AUUUAUUAUUUUCAUUAUGUAUUUUUCAUUGUUUACUACGUCUUGUAGAUUGAUUAUGAUACCGUCUUAUGAUUAUUAAAGUCGGUGUCAUGAAAUCUGUUUGCUUUCAUGCCGACAAAAUAUUUUAAACGCAAUUCCUUUAUUUGUACAAACAUUCAGUAAUACUUGCCUCUCAGAACUAUAUUAGAUGAUUCCGUAUGACUAACUGUAUGAAAUGAUUGGUAAACAAUGGCCUUUACCAAUGUAGUUGAACAGUCGGACUGCGAACGGUUGCUGAAAGACAUUCAAAUGAGAAGAAAAAUAGACCAUCGUAUUACCCUAAGAAAACUGGUCAUGUUCUUUGCAUUGUUGACUUUAUUCGGUAUCAUAUAUUUUGGUUAUUUUUGUUCAGACAACCGUUGUUCAUUAUCCUAUAAUCCCAAACCGGCCAUUUAUUCAGAAUGGACAGUAAUGAAUCUUCUAUCAACUAACAUAACUGACUUUAAAAGUGCUAAAGACACAGGUACAGGAGUGAGUUACAAUGAUAUGCAAAGUGAAAACCAAUUACGUUUUGACAUGAAUGCACAUGAUGUUAUGGUGUUUUUGCAUAUUCAGAAAACUGGUGGUACAUCAUUUGGACGUCAUCUAGUUCAAGAUUUAGACUUACAGCGCCCUUGUACAUGUCAAAGAAAAAGAAAGUUAUGCUAUUGUUUUAGACCUAGUAGAAAUGAAAAUUGGCUUUUUAGUCGAUAUUCUACUGGUUGGAAAUGUGGACUCCAUGCAGAUUUUACUGAAUUAACUGGAUGUGUUGAUUCUGAACUUGACAAAAAUGAAGGAAAAUCUAUUAAGCGAAGAUAUUUCUAUCUUACUUUAUUAAGAGAUCCAGUUAGUCGUUACCUUUCUGAAUACAAACAUGUACAAAGAGGAGCAACUUGGAGAAUGUCUAGACAUUGGUGUGGAGGGCAUCCAGCAUCUCUUGAAGAGUUGCCAAAAUGUUAUAAUGGUACAUUUUGGACAGAUGUAACAUUAAAUUCGUUUGCGGAUUGUCCAUAUAAUUUAGCCGCCAAUCGACAAACAAGAAUGUUAGCAGAUCUAUCUCUGAUUGGCUGUUAUAAUUCUUCAUAUAUGAAUCAAGAAGAACGGAACAGGGUCAUGUUAGCAAGUGCUAAAAGAAAUUUAUUAUCAAUUGCAUUUUUUGGACUCACUGAAUUUCAAAAAUUAAAUCAAUACAUAUUUGAAGAAACAUUUAAUUUAAGAUUUGCAGUAACAUUUACACAACAUAAUACAACUCUAUCUGCUGUUUAUAAAUCAUUAUUAAAUGCUGAAGAGUUGGAAAAAGUGAAAAAAAUUAAUGCAUUAGACAUUGAAUUGUACAAUUUUGCAAAGCAUUAUUUAUUUCGACGAUUUGAAAAAUUGCGAGCAAAAAACUCAAAUUUUAAAGAACGGUGGGCACAUUUAGGCCAAUUGCCAAGUCAAACUGCAUUUGACUGGGAAAAAGAAGUAGAGACUGAAGCUGCUGACAACGAGGUAAAUUAUACGUAGCAGUGACUCUUUUUGUUAAACAAAAACAAGCAAAGAAAAGUAACAGAUCUCUUGUUUAUUUGAAAGAAUGUAUAUUCUAUAAUAAUAUGUAUGCUUUAAUCAUUUCCCAAGCUUGUUCCUGCCAUGCCAAAAUACUAAAAUUAAAUUAAAUGUAUUCAGAUUCAAAAAAUUGAAUACAAAAAAAUAAUAAUGUUAUUAUAUAAUUAUAUAUAGUUUAUAUACUAAUAUAAUUUAGUUAUUGUUGUACUAAAGGAACAAUGUUCUUAAAAAAUAUUAUAUUCUCAUAUCAUAAGAAAAGGAAAAUAAGUUGUAGAGCUUAAAUACAUAUUUAUAUCAAUCUAAAAUUAAUUAAUAUUUGUCCAUGGUAAAAGAACCAUUCCAGUUAAAUUUUAAUCUUUAUUAAUUUGAAAAUUAAUAUAAAUGUAAUUAGAUAAUAAAAUUAACCAUAUUGCAGUUUUUUAAAUUAAAUUUCCAAAUUUAAGUAACAUUUAUCGCUGAAAUAUACAUAUCAAUAAGAACAAAAUAUGUCAUUAAAUCACAGAUGCAUUAUGAUCAAAGUUAUCAUUUGAAUUAAGUUUGUAUUCUUCAUUAUCAAUUUUACUUUUUACAAGACUGUAAUUUGAAAAUAACCAAAUUCAAUUAAAUUUAAUUACAUCAUUUAAAUUUACUAUAACUUGUAUACCUGAUAAACCAAACUAAUUUAAACACUUAUUAAAAACAUUACACAAUUUUUGCCAUAGAUGUGUUAAAUAUAGUUUAUCUAUAUUUAUAUAUUCUAACAAAAGUAUACUUAUUAAUUACCAAAUAU